UUCUUACCCAUGGGUGGUUGAACUCUCUGUGACCCAGAUUUGCAGUUAGUUACAUACGACUGGAGUAUGCGGUGCGUCACGUGCGUGCCUAUACAUGUUGACCUCAUGCACCACGUGCUCAGAUAUUUAAAUACUCUAAUUCGGUUCAUAGUCUCUACAAUAUUCCAUUUUCACAGGGGAAAUCCAAACUAAAGCUUAGUAGCCAUGGCAAUGAGACAAGAGGAUUGGGUGACUGUGACAACAACGUUAUCGCUGUUGCUCUUUCUUUCUUUUCCGUCGUUCAGUUACGGAGUUGUUCCUCCUCGUACGUUCCUCAAUAAGCUGUCUGAGGGCAAAUAUCUCACCAAUCACGAGCUCUGGCUCGACCAAACCCUCGAUCACUUCUCUCCCUAUGAUCAUCGUCAAUUCCGGCAACGUUACUAUGAGUUCCUGGACUAUUUCCGGAUUCCUGAUGGGCCAAUUUUUCUGGUAAUCGGUGGUGAAGGUACAUGCUAUGGUAUAGCGAAUGACUAUCUUGCUGUAUUGGCAAAGAAGUUUGGAGCGGCUUUGGUUAUGCUUGAACAUCGCUACUAUGGAAAGAGUUCCCCAUUUAAUUCUUUGGAGACGGAAAAUUUGAAAUACCUUUCAUCCAAGCAGGCACUCUUUGAUUUGGCUGCUUUUCGCCAGUAUUAUCAGGACAACAUAAAUGCAAAGCUUAAUAGAACAAAAAUUGAAAACCCAUGGUUCAUUUUUGGCGGCUCAUAUUCUGGAGCACUCAGUGCAUGGUUCCGUCUCAAGUUUCCCCAUUUAACAUGUGGAAGUCUAGCAAGUUCUGCAGUUGUUCUUGCUGUUUACAACUUCACAGAAUUUGAUCAGCAGAUUGGCGAGUCUGCAGGAGCUGAAUGCAAAGAAGCGCUGCAAGAAACUACUCAGCUCAUUGAACACGAACUUUCAACCAAUGGAAAGGAACUGAAGGCCUCUUUUGAUGCAGAUGAUCUUGAAAUAGAUGGAGACUUUUUGUAUUUUUUGGCUGAUGCUGCUGCUAUAGCAUUUCAAUAUGGAAAUCCGGAUAAAGUAUGCAAACCUCUGGUUGAAGCAAAGAAGGCUGGAGAGGACUUGGUGGAUGCUUAUGCCAAAUAUGUCAAAGAGUACUAUACUGGAACUUUUGGUGUUAAUGUACAGACUUAUGAUCAGAAGUACUUGAAAAAAACUGCUAUUAAUGAAGACAGUUCUGCUCGAUUAUGGUGGUUUCAAGUUUGCACUGAAGUUGCAUACUUUCAGGUGGCUCCCUCAAAUGAUAGUAUUCGCUCCUCAAAAGUUGACACAAAAUACCAUUUGGACCUUUGCAAAAAUGUCUUUGGAGAGGGCAUCUUUCCUGAUGUCGAUGGAACUAAUUUAUACUACGGAGGCACACAAAUUGCUGGUUCAAAAAUAAUAUUUACAAACGGCUCCCAGGAUCCUUGGCGUCGUGCUUCCAAACAAACGUCAUCUCCAGAUAUGCCGUCCUACAUUGUCACAUGUUAUAACUGUGGCCAUUGUUCUGAUUAUCGAGGAUGUCCUCAAGCUCCUUUCGUCAUUGGAGGUAGUGAGAAAAACUGCACCAAUCCUGAUGCAGUUCACAAAGUAAGGCAAAUGAUUGCUGAACAUAUGGACUUGUGGUUAUCUGAGUGCACGGACACAGGCAGCAGAAGUUUUAUAUGAUUAUUUACAUACGAUGUGAAUGAUGUACUAUAACUACGCAAGAAUUUCGGUAUUUCUUUUCUUAAAAAGAUAAUUAUAAUUAUAUAACACCAUAAAAUAUUUUGUUGGUUUCUUUGUAUAAACUGACAUAAUGUAGAGCAGAACGUCUACAC